CCGCUCGUGCUCGCGGAGGGGCUCGUGGCAGCGCCGCCUCUCUCGCAGAAGUCGCCUCCGGAAGCUUUUCAUUUCCCCGGCGCGGCUGCAAACCAACCCCCUCCUCCGAUUCCCAAGGAAAUUUCCCCCAGGUCCCGUCGGUUCCCGCGUCCACCCCACCCUCGUUCCCUCCGGGGACAUCGAGCCGUAAAAGCUUCCAGCCGGGGACAUGGUGGGCUUCACGGUCCCCGCGGAAGUCAGCGUGUUUUUGCUCGACGUGGAAGGCACCACUACUCCCAUCACGUUUGUCAAGGAUAUUUUGUUUCCUUACAUCAGGGAAAAUAUUCGGGAUUAUCUGGACACCCACUGGGAAGAAGAAGAGUGCCAGCAAGAUGUUGGCCUGCUGAGAAAACAGGCUGAAGAAGACUCUCAUAUGGAGGGAGUGGUACCUAUCCCACUGGAAACCAGGGAUGGAGAAGAGGAGGUCGAACGGGUCAUCCAGGCCGUGAUAGACAAUGUCUUCUGGCAGAUGUCUUUGGAUAGGAAGACCACCGCUUUGAAAGAGCUCCAGGGCCACAUAUGGAGAGCGGCCUACGAAAAUGGCCGCCUGAAGGGAGAAUUCUUUAAGGACGUCGUUCCCGCAGUGAAAAAGUGGAAAGAAGCAGGAAGAAAGGUUUAUAUUUAUUCCUCUGGGAGCGUGGAGGCUCAAAAGCUUCUAUUUGGGAAUUCUACAGAAGGUGAUAUUUUAGAGCUUUUUGAUGGUCACUUUGACACCAAGAUAGGACCUAAAGUGGACAGCGAGAGCUAUCAGCGGAUUGCUGCAAGCAUUGGAUGUGCCACAAACAAUGUACUAUUCUUGACGGAUGUCACUCGAGAAGCAGAUGCUGCCGAAGAAGCAGACAUGCACGUGGCCAUAGUGAUCCGGCCGGGCAACGCAGGACUGACGGACGAUGAGAAAUCGUACUACAGACUCAUAACCUCUUUCAGCGAACUGUUCCUGCCCUCCUCUGCUUAACGUUUGCACCUAGGAUUAAGGAAGGGAUGCGGAAAGAGAGAGGAGCAGCUGAGAAAAUCAUCCUUACUGUUUUACCGUCGUUCCUGCCGGCGAUGAAAGAGUCCCGAAAACAGAACUAUGGGGCGCCUGACCCCCCCCCCCCCCCGAUGACACAUAAUUGAACCCGAUGGAAAAUUUGCCCGUUCUGUGAUGGUAGACAAGUGAAGCUCUCAAAGGUUUUUCUUUGGAUUGGCACAUGGAAGAGUCAAGAGGUGCAUCUCAAAACGAGAAGAUCCUUCUGUCUUUUUGAGGUCAACCGGUGGGAUACAAAGCCCACCUCCCAUUCAGUUCAAAGGGGCCAGCAGUGGAGGCUUUCCUUAGGGGAUAUGUUCUCUUGGGUGUAUACUACAAACUCUCCUCUUUUAUUGGCGUUCACACUUGAUUGGAGGAUUUCAAAGUCUUCGGUGCUUCUUGUUUGUAGGGAACGUAGGGGAAAUCCAGACUAUUUAUAGUUGAAAAAUGUUGCAAGCUGAGCUCUCUGAAUUGAUUGGUCCUGGAAAGGGAAGGAAGAAGUAGCGCGGGCAGCAUUAACCGAAUCAAAAAUGCAAGCUAGUCAGAACGUCUGUGCCAACCGGAACAUGUUUGCAUGUGGAAGGCAUGAUUGAUCCUUUGUCGCAAGAGUUGCAUGAGUCCUCAAAGGUGGCCCUACUUAACCUAAGGAGGAAAGGGGGUGCUUUUUAAAAAAAAAAAAUUUCCCCCGGGGAUCAAAUUGCUAUAAAAUUUGCAUUCUAAAUCCUGCAGGUUAGUACUUCACCUAUUGCACUUGAAGGUGUAAUGGAGACCUUUAAUCGUUUUGUGGGGCUUCACUUGUUCCUUUUACGAGCAGCGUUUCAAGAGGGGUAAGCAUGUCUCAGUGUCUACUACGGUUCCACCACAAAACCGCGUUCGACUAAAGCGCACUCG